AUGCCUAGCCGGCCGCGCCCAAAUAAAGUGACCAAACCCUCUCCCGGGUCUGGCACUCGUCGUGCCAGCCGCUCAUCUCUCUCCAUUGCUGCUCAAGAGCAGCUCAAGCAAUAUGCCAAAGAGGCUGCCAAUGCGAAUGCCACUUCCACUUCAAACGCCAAUCAAGACGCCAAUGCCCUCGAUACCUCCAUCUCCGAGGCUGACGCUCUUGAAGAAAGUCAAAUCGACGGCAUUGAUAAGUUCACGGCUGUCAAUUUGCUCGCAAAUGGGGGCUCAAUGGCCUCGAUCCGCACGUCUCUGGGCACCUCCAUCCGCGACGAAUUUCAGCUGGACCACCAGAUGCCUGAUCACUCGUCGCCAGAAGAUCCAGCUGCCCGCACUGCGGCCGAUCUCGCCUACGCCGCCUACGGAGACCUGGUCAAAAUCGACAGCGCGCUCUGCAAGAAGCUCGCGGCCGAAACGGCGCUACGUGAGCCGACUCAGCGUCGCGUGGACCAGAAGCUCAACAUUGAGCGGCGCAGCAACGUCGAGGCCUUGCUUGCCCACAUGACGGGCCAGAUGGCUCCCAAGUCUUGCAAAAACUGCCACAAGGGCCACGGUCCCUGGACCCAGUGCGUGGUGUACGAUGGCCAGAUGUGUGGAAGCUGCACCAAUUGCUGGUUCAAUGCGAGCGGUUCAAGAUGCACGUUUCAUGAGAACAACCAUCAGCAACCACAAACAUUAUUCGCAGCAACGGUCGCCUCAGGAGCCAAUCUCCUAUUCUCACAGCCCACAAUCACUCAGCCACCGCCAUCCAAUGUCAAUCUUUCGACAGAGGCCAACCACUGGGGUCUGUCCGAGUCGACCAAGCAGUUGAUCACCCAGACAAUCACUGACGUGAGCACCUUCUCCCGAAGAGAUCGUUUCCUCGCGAGAAUCGAAGCCGCUGCUAAGGAGCUCGGCAUGCGAAUCGCAGAAUACGAAGAGUACCUCCGGACGCCAGAGGGUAUUGCGGAGCAUAAUGCUGCCCUCGACAGAGAUCGCACGCAGAAUAGAGACACGCAGGCUACUGAGGCCAUGGACGAUGCCCCUGCGGACGAUAUUCUUUCUUGA